AACCGUGAGCUAACGAGAAGGAAGCUAAGUGCUCAAAGAGCAACUUUGAUUGGUCCAUCGUAAAUCUCCUAAAUAAAAACCUACUUGUGAUUCGUCCAAAGUAGAUCAAAGCCCCGGUGAGCUGGAUGGAGGGUGAGUUGUGAGUCUGGUUAAGGAACCCGAGAGCCAGGAUGGCUGGCAUGGUGCUGGGAGUGGGUGCUGGUGUGUUCCUCCUCGCUCUGAUCUGGGUGUUGGUGCUGCUGCUGUGUGCGCUGUUGUCCAGAGCCUCUGGGAUAGCUAGGUUCUCCAUCGUCUUUGUCUUCCUCGGUGCUCUGGUCAUUACUGUAGUUUUGCUGCUUUUCCCUCGAGCCAGUGAAUUCCCAGUCCCAGAGGUGGAAAUGAAGAUUGUGGAUGCCUUUUUCAUCGCCCGCUAUGCCCUGCUGGCUUUCCUCGGUGCCAUCUUUCUUGGAGGCCUCUUCUUGAUUCUUACUCAACAUGUGCUGGAGCCAAUCUACGCCAAGCCACUGCGGUCCUGCUGAGCUCAGUAACAGAAACAUGGGACGUUUUAAUGUCAUGGAUGAGCACAAAGGGACUCUGGAUCCUUGAUGGCAACCUUCAUGUCUUCAGACCAGAGGAAUGACCAUUUGUCAUUAAGACAAACCUCUUGAGCCCUGGCUUUCAGGAAUCCAGUAGCAAAAUAGACUCCAUGGGUCUGAAGAUGAAUAUGACUGUCUGUUCAGUACCAACACUCUAACAUUCCUGUCAGUUUUUAAUGGAAAGUAGUAACAGUGAUCUGCUUGGGGUAGAUGUUCAUUCAAGCAUUUAGGGAGGAGGAGUUUUAGGCUCUGCCCACCAACAGAAGAACCUGGUCCCUUUUGACAAUGUGUAAGUUCUUAGUUGAGUAACUGGAACCAUUUGGAAGAGAAAGGCAUUCAGACAUGAAAGGCGGCUGUAAUGUAAUAGCUUGGAAGGUGUAUCAGGCAAUGGUUAUUGACCACUCCUUAUGUAAUUCCACAGAGCUCUAUAAAGGCAGUGAGUGGCACUUGCCUGAGUUCCAAUAAAGCAAUAAACAACUACCAAAGGGCUUUCUCUUUAAA